GUAUCGACAUAUGUACCAUCCCUGGCAAAGAUAGCUCGAUUUUUAUGUUGCUUUUCCAACAAAUUUGUUUGAAUUUUAGCCAAUAAAACGUGUAAUUAGUAACCAACACAAGCAACACUCGGUGGAAAAAUGUUCGGGGGCAAUGCAGUGAUUAGCGUUUGAACGCAAACGGGCGGUGAAAAAGCGUGGGCGAGGAAAAUUGUGUAGUGAAAAAAAAGUGCGCGUGUGGAGUGAAGAAUACAACGCUGAAAAGUAGCCGCUGCGCUGCGCCUGCUGCCUGCCUGUGGACAGACUCGACCCGACCCCCUCGAGAACGAAACGUUGUAAACAAUUGUAUUUGCGUGAUUUGCCACCACCAUCAUCCCCCGUAUAUCGUGUUACAGUGUAAUGUGCGCUGAGUGCUGAGAACAAGUAAUAUGGCCCAAAUGAGCAGCAACGAACCCUUUGACGAUGAGCUCUUUGAGACGCGACUGGAGGCGCUGAAGGACACACAGGAGGGUAUACAGCAGAUGUCGAACUGGUGCCUGCAGCACCGCACCAACCACAAGAAGAUCAUCCAGUCAUGGCUGAAUGUAUUCAAGAGAGUGCGUGUGGACCAUCGAUUGGUGCUGUUCUAUCUGGCCAACGAUGUCAUACAGUAUAGCAAGCGGAAGCGAUACGAAUUCGUGGAAUGCUGGGCCACAGCCCUACAAAGAGCCACCACCAUGGUGCGUGAUGAACGCGUCAAGGAUAAGAUUUUACGCAUAUUCAAGAUCUGGGAGCAGCGUGAAAUCUACAAUGAGGAAUAUCUGAGCGAUCUGAGUGGUCUGCUUAAUAUCACGCCGCCAAAGAAAUCGCAAGUCGAUGCCAGCGACGAGUUCCAGAAUGCCACGCUCAUUGCCCAGGUGCGCGAGUGCGUGGAACUGGCGGAGGCCACCGACAAGAGCAUGAAGAAGCUACCAAAGCCGCCGCAUCUGGAGAUCGAGACCAUCAAGCAGCAGCUCAAGGACAAGAGCCAUUCGGGCGAUAUUGAAAAGGAAGUGGAACGCUGCGUGGCCUUCAUAAAUGCCUACAACAAGAAUUUGCAAAACGAAAUCAAGAGCCGCAAGGCGGUGCUGACCAGCGUCGAGGCGGCCAAAAAGUUCUACGAGCAUCAAGGCAGGGAGGUUAAGGUGGUGUCCAGUGCCUAUAAAAGUUUUGGCACACGCAUAAAGAUUGUGAAAAGGAAGCUGGAUGAGACCAUACCCACGCUGCUAAGUCCCAUACCCUCGCCGGACAUCAAUGCACCAUCGCCCGAGCGUGAUGCAGAUCUCCAGCUGCCCGACGAGACAACUCCGCCAUUGGGAUUGAAUAUGUUCAGCGGCGGAUUGAAUGGCUUCUCUAGCUAUUUGGACAGCGGCAAGCUCCCUUUCGACAUCAAUGACUUCAAGCGGGACUCGAAGGAUCUGGGUAGCGCCAUUGAGGUGAUUGGCUCGCGUUCGGAUGAUGAGGCCUAUGCGCCGAGUGCCAAUUUCUACAAGCCCGAGCCCAUCUCCAGCUACAGCAGCAACAACAGCAGCAGCGGUGGCGGUGGCAACAACAGCUCCAUACCUGGCUUGGGCGGCGGUGGAGGAGGAGGUGGCAACGGCGCUGCUGGCGGGGAAUACAAUCCCAAUCAAUCGCAGUUUGACAGUCCAUUGGCAGCGCCUCCGAUUUUCGGUUCGAACAACCAGGAACAGUAUGUGCCCCCGCUGCCCUCGCAUCAUGGCUAUGGCGGCAAUGGUGGCGGUGGUCAGGAUGCACAAUAUACGCCCGCUCCCAUGCCUCCACCACCGUUGCCGCCGUCCCUUGGAUCGGCUGGCGGCGGCGGUGGCGGUAGUGGAGAUGACUUCAACAACACCUGGAACAUGAGCAUGUCGUGGACGCCGCUGGACACCAGUCUGAACAGCAGUGGGGCCAGCUCCUCCGCCUAUAAUCCGCAGUCCACGCCGCACUCUCCGCCACAUUUUGAGCGCAAGGCCAGCGUCGCACCGCCAGAGUACAGCGAGCAUCUGCACAAUAAUGCCGCAGCGCUGGGCGCCGAGGAUGUGGAUCAUCGCACGCUCCAGCUGCCGCCGGCCUUCAAUUUCGGUGCCAAGCUGGGUCUCAGCCAGGACAAGACACGCCAGCUGGUGGACAUAGAUCAUAGGAAUCUGAUAUCCCUCACCGGUUCCCCCGGUGGUGCAGAUAAGGAUUUUGGUGGUGGCGGGGAUGUGGACUAUCGCAUUGUGCCGGGCUCGGCAGAUGAGGGCAUCAUGGCCCCCCCUGGCAAUAACUAUGCCAAGACCAAGACCAGCUCUCCCCACAAAUCCAAUGCGAGCUCCUCAUCGGAAUCAGAUCGUUUGGAUGGCGGCACGCGCUAUGAUCCUGCUGAUAUGGUCAUAGACAUGGACAUGUCGGACGAUGAUAUCGAUGAGUCGCUGCGAGAGCCCAAGGAGGAUCUGGAGGAGGCUGAAGCGGAUGCCAAUGGCGGUUUGACGCCCUCGCGUCCUGUGCUGUUGGAAACGCCCACGGAUUUCAUGAAUCCCUGGGAGUCGAACAACAGUUUUCUGGGCCAGCCCAUGCAAGAUAUGUCCGGGGAGCAGGAGCAACAGCAGCAUUCACCGCUCGGCCCGCAGCAACAACAGCAACAGCAGCAGCAGCAGCCAUGGAAUCAAAUGCCUCAAAUGCACAUAGGAGCGGGUGCACCGCCGCCGCCGCAACCGCCGUAUGGACCGCCCUUUCCCUAUCAGCGUUUCGGACCGCCCAUGAACAGUCCUGACAACAUGCAGCAGCGUGGCCGUGGACGAGGUCGGGGCUGGUCGAACCAGGGACCGUAUCCGAGGCCACCGUAUCAGCGGCCGCCUGGACCCUACGAUGGGGGACCCGGACCAGGGCCCAGGCCGUUCUAUGCACGCGGCGGCGGCGGGCCUGGAGGCGGUGGUGGCAUCGGUGGUCAGAUGCGUGGACGUGGGCGCAUGCGUGGUAAAGCUUGGAUGUAAUUACGUUACGUACUCGUAUUAUAGAACUUCACAACACAAACAGACAACAGACAAAAGAAAGCACGUGCCGUCGCACUGUGUCGCCUUCGUUUUAGUUCGUAGUCCUCUCUCACUUAUCUCAACGCGAUUUAGUUAAACACCGACGUAAAAUGUACAGAACAAACCUCCAAAGGCAACCAACCUGCAUGGGAGGGCGGCCCAACAAAAUGGCAUCCAAUAUAUAUCGUGUGUCUAUAUACUAUAUAUAGUAUAUGUAUAUCUUUUAAGACGCUUUAAUCGGUUGAGAGGGUUGAUCGAUCGUUUACUAAUUAAUAAGACAAUUAUACAGAUUUUAAAUUAUUGCAAAACCAACCAACCAACCUACCAACCAAC